AUGAGGAUGGCUAAGCGUGUUGCUAUCAUUGGAGGAGGAACCUCAGGGCUGGCCUGCAUUAAAUGUUGCCUGGAUGAAGGUCUGGAGCCGGUGUGUUUUGAGAGCAGUGAUGACAUUGGAGGACUCUGGAGAUUUAAGGAAAAUCCAGAUCCAGAACGGGCCAGCAUUUACCAAUCUUUGAUCAUCAACACCUCUAAGGAGAUGAUGUGCUACAGUGAUUUUCCCAUCCCUGCCCACUUCCCAAACUACAUGCACCACUCUUUUAUCAUGGAUUACUUCCGCAUGUAUACUGAGCACUUCCAGCUUUCACCGCACAUUCAUUUCCAGACAAAAGUCCUUCAUGUCACACCAAGGCCAGACUUCCCUCACACUGGACAGUGGGAUGUAGAGAUAGAGUCAAAGGAUGGAAGGAGGGAGAAGCAGGUGUUUGAUGCUGUGAUGGUCUGCACCGGUCACCACUGUCACCCACAUCUCCCUCUACAGGACUUCCCAGGAAUAGACACAUUUAAGGGGAAAUUCUUCCACAGUCGUGACUACAAAACCCCUGAAGAAUGGCGAGGGAAAAAGGUUGUUGUGAUUGGCAUUGGGAACUCUGGUGGAGAUAUUGCUGUGGAGCUGAGCAGAAUGGCCAAACAGGUUUAUUUGAGUACCCGAAAGGGUUCUUGGAUACUAAAUCGUGUAGGAUACAAUGGUUUUCCUGCAGAUAUGUUAGGAGGCAGAGCGUAUUGGUGGCUUUAUAGAUCACUGUCUGGAUUUUUCAUCAGUAGGAGAGAGAAACAACUCAAUCAAAGAUUCAACCACAAGAUCUACGGACUGCAGCCUUCCCACAGACUUUUCAGCCAACAUCCCAUGGCUAAUGAUGAUUUACCAAACCGUAUUCUCUCUGGUACCGUGUCGGUCAAGCCGAACGUGCGAGAGUUUUGUGGCUCAGGUGUGGUGUUUGAGGAUGGCACUAUCGAGGAUGACAUCGAUCUGGUGGUGUUUUGCACGGGCUACACUUUCUCAUUCCCCUUCCUGUCUUCACACAUCAUACCUGUUUCAAAAAACAAGGUGUCCCUGUACAAAUAUAUGUAUCCACCAAAUCUGGAGCACCCAACGUUAGCUGUGAUUGGUCUGAUUCAGCCUCUGGGAGCCAUUAUGCCAAUCUCUGAGAUGCAAGCGCGCUGGGCCACACGUGUUUUUAAAGGGCUCUGCAAGCUGCCUUCAAUGAAUGGAAUGCUGAAGGACAUUAAAGCAAAGGAGGAGGCAAUGGCUCGAAGGUAUGUGGCCGCACAGAGGCAUACCAUCCAAGUGGACUACAUCCCAUACAUGGAUGAACUUGCUAAAGAAGUGGGUGUUAAUCCUCCCAUCCUGAAGUUGCUCCUGACAGACCCAAGAUUGGGUUAUAAAGUGCUGUUUGGGCCUGGCACCCCAUACCAGUUUCGGUUGUGUGGACCAGGCCGGUGGGAAGGUGCAGGGCAGGCCAUCCUGACGCAGUGGGAUCGAGUCACUCAGCCUCUGAAAACACGAGUUGUGCCAGAUCAGGAGUCACAGCACUCAUCUGUCUCGCUCAUGUUCUCAUUGUCUGUUGCAGCUCUGCUCUCUGCUCUCUAUUACAGAAGGGAAAGUUUGUACGCACUCAUAUCAGACCCUUCAGUGAUCCUCAACAAGAUUUGGGCUUAUGUACCAUCACAUGCAUAGGGAUCAUGAAACAUGACAUACUACUAUAAAAUCUGAAAACAAAAACAAAAAAAUAGUUUUAAUUCAAUAAUGAUCUUUUAAUUGUACAGACAUUGUUUUAAUUCACCAGUUAAUUGUAUAUUUUAAAGUUGUAGAUUGUACUUUAUCUCAGUACCAAGUCCAGCAUAAUCUUUAAAAAUUAUUUCUGCUGUUGUUAGCGUGUGAGCCUGUAAUCGUAUGCUUUGUAGGCAUUUUUAUCAGUAGCAAUGAGUUUAAAGGCUACAUAUUUCGCAGUACUCCUUCACUGGUUAAGCAUUGACUGCUGUUUCCAACCCUUUUUUAACCCAGUGAAAUGAUUCUUUGAGUCUCACUUGCUGGUAUUCAGCUACCAUACUCAUUUAGGUAAGGUAUAAAGAAAAUAUUUUUUGACACAAAUGUAACUGCAUAAUUGAUUGGAAAUGCUUUUUUUAUAACAAAUUUGUUAACAGUAUGUUAAGUGACCUUAUGACAUGUAAUGUAAAUGUGUAAACCUGUUGUUGAAUGUAAAACAGAGUAGCCUCUGUUAUCACGAGACAUACGGUAUGCGUAUUUGUAGCUUAUUGCUUAUAUUUUAAAGUUGGUGGGACAAGUUCUUAAAAAUGAAAACAUUGUUUUUUAUAUAUGGAUGAAUUUAGGUGAAAAUUGUCUUUUGAUACCACCAUCUACAAAACCAUGCAUUGCUCUAACAUUUUUAUCAAAAAAUGUUGCAUUUAAAAUUUUGGCCUUUUUUUAAUGUAUCUUACAGAACUGCAAAAUAAUCAAUCAGUACCUGUUAUUUUUAGUACAUUUUAUAAUCUGUUCGAUUAAAAUUUUUGCAUACACUUAGUGCUAAAUAGUACUAAAAGAUCCCCCUCACAAUAGGCUUUAUGCCCAGCUGCACUACUUCCUGAACUUCAGCCAGCUCCUUGUUUCCUGUCGGCCAU